CGGUCUGUCUCUCGGUGCUCUGUUCGGUGUGAUCGUGACGUGUAUCACCGAGGAGUUCCUCAAUAACUGAGCAGCUAGCAGCUCGGUGGCUAAUAUGAGGUUAGCCAGUGUUGUAGCGGAUGAUAUCAAGUGAUCCUCGGAGGAUAAACUAGCCUGUAAACCGUCUCCGGUCAGUAUUAUUAUAGGAGUCAUGAAGCCUCCACCGGGCCGCCGGCUGCUCGUCUCUCUGCUCUCCGUCUCCGUGCUGUUGUUGUCGGUCGGAGUUGCUGCUGUUCCAGAGGAGCACAAACCGGCUCCAGAGCAACCACAACCAGAGAAAGCGUCUAGUCCCCAUCCAAUAGGCCCAGUGAUCUCUGAAAAUGACCCCAGUAAAGCAGACCUGGGUUUCAUCCACGCCUUCGUGGCCUCCAUCUCUGUCAUCAUCGUCUCUGAGUUGGGAGACAAGACCUUCUUCAUCGCAGCCAUCAUGGCCAUGCGUUACAACCGGCUCACAGUGCUGACAGGUGCCAUGCUGGCGCUGGGACUCAUGACUUGUCUCUCUGUGCUGUUUGGUUACGCCACCACCAUCAUCCCUAGAAUCUACACUUAUUACGUGUCCACCGCUCUGUUCGCCAUCUUCGGUGUGCGCAUGCUGAGAGAGGGGCUGAGGAUGAGUCCGGAUGAAGGUCAGGAGGAGCUGGAGGAGGUGCAGGCAGAGAUCAAGAAGAAAGAUGAAGAGCUCCAGCGGUCCAAGCUGGUUAACGGGGCUGCAGAUGUGGAAGCUGGAUCAGGGACGACGAUGCCUCAGGGAAAGUGGCACAGCUUCAUCUCACCCAUUUUCAUCCAGGCCCUCACCCUCACCUUCCUCGCAGAGUGGGGGGACCGCUCGCAGCUCACCACCAUUAUUCUGGCUGCGCGGGAGGAUCCAUUUGGAGUUGCGGUGGGUGGCACACUUGGACACUGUAUGUGUACAGGACUGGCUGUGAUAGGAGGGAGGAUGAUCGCCCAGAAAAUAUCCGUCAGAACAGUUACAAUCAUCGGAGGGAUUGUUUUUCUUGCGUUCGCCUUCUCCGCCCUGUUCAUCAAGCCAGACGCUGGAUUUUAAUUGGACGAAAGACAUUCAGGUUUUCUCUGUACAUACGUGUAAAAUUUGCUGUAGAGAGGCUGUAGUUUUGACUCUGUGUGUGUCCAACAGACGGUGCGACAGGCUUAAACAGAGCGCCAGAGUCCCGUCCUCGUCUCCUAGCUAGUGGUCUGUAACUCGGUGGGUUUUUUCUCGAGGAGGUUGAACAUUAUUUUGUUACCAUUAAAUAAUACAGUAUUUCCCCAAUAGUCUAAAGAGUAGAGCACAUCAGAGCCUCGUUGGAGGUGUUGAACUAGUCAAUGUUUUAUCUUUAUCAUGUACAGAAGUUAGAUACACAUUGAACUUAGAACACAAAAACCUGGAAACGUUUCAGAAAGUCUGAUGACCUAAAAGCCUGAGUGAGAAGAGUUACAGAGGUUAGCUAGGAGAGAGAGGAGGCCGGACUGUAGCUCUCUAGAACAGCUGGAUUCACAUCACAAGGUGUGUGUGAGAGAGAGAAAGGAGACGGGAGUGUUACUGAUUGCUGCCCUCCGACCAUCUCUACAAGCUUCAGAAACAGAAGCCUGACAUGCAGUACUUCCCUCAGUUAGACGCUAAGUCCAUUUCAAUAUCUUUGCCUUUUUUUGUUUUGUUUUUAAAUGUUGAAUGUUUUUUUUGUUUAUUUGAUAUGAGCCGCGGGGCUGUCAGGUGACUGUUGACAGAUUUAGUAGCCGUGGACCGAGCGGCUUUAUUUCCAUCUUCCUCUCUGAGUGAUAUUUUCCUGCAACGAUGCAUUAAAACCACAUAAUAAUGGGCCUACUUUACGUAAGAUUUGAAUUU